UUCCCCUGCCCCUCAAUACAAACCCUCCCUUGGCUACUCCAGGGACCAGAGGCGUCAGCAUCGCCAAGGAGCUGGUUAGGAAUGCCGGCUUUCCAAACCCAGCCCAGACUUACUGAAUCAGAAUGUGCAUUUAUCACGACUACCAGGUCAUUACAUACAUUUUACAGUUUCAGAACCCCAGCUCUCUCCCUUUGUACUUCAGCGCCAAUAUUUUACUGAAAAGAAUUCCCAGCUGAAAACAUGGCUCCCGGAGUCUUUCACCAGAUGGCAGCAGCCCACUCCUCCCUACCGCACUCCCGUUGUUCCAGGCAGGGUUCACCCGCAGGCUCCUCCGGAAGACCUGGGGCCGCCGUGGGGGCGUGCCCCGUGGGAGGGUUCGGGUCUGCCCAAUGGGUUCUCCCGGGCGCGGGGCGGGGCUCUAUUUCAGCAGCUUUCCAGGCCUCAGGCUCACCCCGAGUUCUGGGCUCAGUAUGUGGCGCCUCCCCCGCGCGCUGUGUGUGCACGCUGCAAGGACCAGCAAGCUCCCCGGACCUUGGAGCAGGCCUGCCGCCUUCAUGUCCACUCUCCUGAUCAAUCAGCCCCAGUAUGCGUGGCUGAAAGAGCUGGGCCUCCGAGAGGAAAACGAGGGCGUGUAUAAUGGAAUCUGGGGAGGCCGGGGAGAGGUUAUUACAACUUACUGUCCUGCUAACAACGAGCCUAUAGCAAGAGUCCGGCAGGCCAGUGUAGCAGACUAUGAAGACACUGUAAAGAAAGCAAGAGAAGCAUGGAAAAUCUGGGCAGAUAUUCCUGCUCCAAAACGAGGAGAAAUAGUAAGACAGAUUGGUGAUGCCUUGCGAGAGAAGAUUCAAGUACUAGGAAGCUUGGUGUCUUUGGAGAUGGGGAAAAUCUUAGUGGAAGGUGUGGGAGAAGUUCAGGAGUAUGUGGAUAUCUGUGACUAUGCUGUUGGUUUAUCACGGAUGAUUGGAGGACCUAUCUUGCCUUCUGAAAGACCUGGCCAUGCACUGAUCGAGCAGUGGAAUCCUGUAGGCCUGGUUGGAAUCAUCACUGCAUUCAAUUUCCCUGUGGCAGUGUAUGGCUGGAACAAUGCCAUCGCCUUGAUAUGUGGAAAUGUCUGCCUCUGGAAAGGAGCUCCAACAACUUCCCUGAUUAGUGUGGCUGUCACAAAGAUAAUAGCCAAGGUUCUGGAGGAUAACAACCUGCCUGGUGCAAUUUGUUCCUUGACUUGUGGUGGAGCAGAUAUUGGCACGGCAAUGGCCAAAGAUGAACGAGUGAACCUGCUUUCCUUCACUGGGAGCACUCAGGUGGGAAAACAGGUGGCCCUGAUGGUGCAGGAGAGGUUUGGGAGAAGUUUGUUGGAACUUGGAGGAAAUAAUGCCAUUAUUGCCUUUGAAGAUGCAGACCUCAACUUAGUUGUUCCAUCAGCUCUCUUUGCUGCUGUGGGAACAGCUGGCCAGAGGUGUACCACUGCGAGGCGACUGUUUGUGCAUGAAAGCAUCCAUGAUGAGGUUGUAAACAGACUUAAAAAGGCCUAUGCACAGAUCCGAGUUGGGAACCCAUGGGACUCUAAUGUUCUCUAUGGGCCACUCCACACUAAACAGGCAGUGAGCAUGUUUCUUGGAGCAGUGGAAGAAGCAAAGAAAGAAGGUGGCACAGUGGUCUAUGGAGGCAAGGUUAUGGAUCGCCCUGGAAAUUACGUAGAACCGACGAUUGUGACAGGUCUUGGCCACGAUGCAUCCAUUGCACACACAGAGACUUUUGCUCCGAUUCUCUAUGUCUUUAAAUUCAAGAAAGAAGAAGAGGUCUUUGCAUGGAAUAAUGAAGUAAAACAGGGACUUUCAAGUAGCAUCUUUACCAAAGACCUGGGCAGAAUCUUCCGCUGGCUCGGACCUAAAGGAUCAGACUGUGGCAUUGUAAAUGUCAACAUUCCAACAAGUGGGGCUGAGAUUGGAGGUGCCUUUGGAGGAGAAAAGCACACUGGUGGUGGCAGGGAGUCUGGCAGUGAUGCCUGGAAACAGUACAUGAGAAGGUCUACUUGUACUAUCAACUACAGUAAGGACCUUCCUUUGGCCCAAGGAAUCAAGUUUCAGUAAAGAUGUUUUAGAUGAACAUUGCUUAAUUUGAGGUGUUCUGGCAGCUGUUUUUGAAGAAGACAAAGAAAAUUAAAAUUUUCCCUGAAUAAGUGCGUCAUUAUGACUGUGACAUUGACUAAUCCCCCAUGACCCCAAAGCCCUGAUUAAAUCAAGAGACUCAUUUUUAAAAAAUCAAAAUAAAAUUGUUACAACAUAGCCAUAUUUACUAAAA